AUCUGAUGACAUUACGCUUAGUCCAUAAUGCUUGAUCACAAUUGACAUGCCUCUAAUUCGUCAAGGCAAAAUAAUAAACUCGCUUGUAUUGCACCCCUGUGCCAGGAUUCUAAGGAUAUGCAACACAAGACGUCUGAGGUCAAAAAGGAAUGUGCUGAUCGGCAGUGCUUGUUUCAUAUAUGCAUUUUUUCUUGUUGCUCAAGUAGGACAAGGGGUCCCCCAGGACAUGGUAUCUGAAAGACAGAAGUACAGGAGCAGAGAGAUCCAUGUGCCAAAGCUCGAACCCCCUUUGGAAAGCUCACAGGGUCCGGGCGCUGUGCGCGCUGGGGAAACCUCUUUGGAUAUAUCUUUUUCAUUACAGCCCAAUGUUGUCUAUAUCACACUGAAAUCCAAACGCAGCAAGCCUGCAAACAUCAGGGGGACUGUGAGACCGAAACUCCGGAGGAAACACUCUAUUAAAAAAGCACAAGUUGACCAGAAUGCGUUACAAUCUUUGAGGGAUGCCGGUCACCUCCGUGGAGACAAAAGGUUGGUAUCAAAUAAUAACAAGGGCUACGAAGAUGAAAAUGCAAACAAAACGGUGCAAUCAAAUGUACAAGUUAGUUCAGAUAUUAAACGUUUAAUUCCACACCAGAGGACGAGGAUGGAUGGGCUAGACAGUAAUAUAAGGAUAUACAGUGAGAGUGCACCUCCUUGGUUAAGCAAAGAGGAUAUUGAAGCCCUGCGCAUUCUGGCUAACUGUAAUGUCACAGCAAUUCAAGAAGACCCUUCUAAAAAUCGGGGCUUGAUCCAGUUUAAAAGUACAGGUGCAUUGAGGGCCUUCGGUGAAAGCACCACCGGGGUGGAAGAAAUAUAUUUUUGUCGAGGACGAUGUGGCCUUAUUAAGAGACCCAUGGAUAUGAGUGAAGUAUUUGCUUUCCACCUGGAUAGGAUCCUGGGACUGAAUAGAAGUGUUCCAGCUGUGUGCAGGAGAUUUACCCUUUUUCAAGAUGGCCACCCCUGUCCUGUAAUCUUGUGGGAUUCAUCCCUCUCUCCAGCAGACAAUGAGGCACAGUCUACAGUGAGACUUAACUGGGGAUCUUACCAGCACUCACUUAAGCAAAAAUGUUGGCACCGUGGUAUAGUGCCCAAAGCAGAGUGGGGAUGUUCAAAUAUACACCACUUUGAAUGGAGCAAGUUGGCCCUCUUUGAUUUUCUGCUGCAGGUCUAUAAUCGCCUUGACAGGAAUUGCUGUGGAUUCAAACCUCGAAAGGAGGAUACCUGUGUAGAGAGAGGCUUGUAUCUGAAAUGUGAUGACCAAGACAACGUUGAGCUGGUGCAUAUUAUUCAGAGAAAACUGGAUCCGAGGCAUUUGGUUUUCAUUGAUAAUAGGGGAUAUUUUGACAGAAGUGAAGACAAUCUGGAUUUUAAAUUGCUGAAAGGCAUUAAGGAGCUCCCUGAAUCUGCAGUCUCUGUGCUGAAGAGUCAACGUCUGCGAGAGCGGCUCCUCCAGUCUUUGUUUCUUGAUAAAGUUUACUGGGAAAGUCAGGGAGGCCGCCAAGGAAUCGAGAAGCUGAUUGAUGUGAUCGAAAGGAGGGCAAAGAUUCUCCUUACUUACAUUAAUGCGCAUGGGAUCAAAGUUAUACCUAUGAAUGAGUAAAAGCUGCAGUAAUUUGCUGAGCCUCGUGACCAGACAGCUGUGCAUUGGUUAUCUUGCACCUGUCUAAUUUACAUGAAGCUGUAACAGAGCUACAGUAUUGUUGUUCUGAGAAUGAGGUGAUCAGGCUACAUCAUUAAUUUUGGCAGGAUUGUCUGAUUUUACAUGUGGAUUACUUCCAGUCCCAAAUGGAGUAUAGAGAUCAGUCCUGCUAAUUAUUCCAAUUUGUAUUUGUGUUGGAAUCCCCCCACCCCAAAAAUAGGUUUAGUUGUAUUGUAUGAUUUUAUGUUUUUUUUUUUCACUCGAAACAAAUGAAAGGGUAAUAGGUUGGUAAAAAGGAAGGCUUUCCCAUCCAUUUUCUUACCUGGUAGUGUUUUACCUGAUCAUUGUCUCCCUUAUGUUGUGCUGAAGAUAUCGGGUUCUUUGUUUAAGGUUAUUCAGCACUAGACCCUGUGCAGUUUUGAAAGAAAUACCUAGGGACAAGAUAUCCUUGUAUAUGCAUGUUCAUGAUAACAUGUGCAUCUUUCAAAACUGCACAGGUGAAAGCAAUAGGACAGAAAGUUAGUAUGAAAUGAACUGAUAUACCCACACAUAGCUAUCGCCACUUUAAAGGCUAAAAAGAUUUUCCAUUUGCUAUACUGGCCACUCUGGAAUUGAAAGACAGUGGUGGGUUUCAAGACUAAAGUCUGUUCAGCUUUAGAUAGCUAUAGUAGGAUGGUGGCUGCCCUACUCAGAACCUGAAUGGCUGAGAUGAUUAAGGUUUCUAAUAGAAUUCCUUGUAUCUGUUACUACCCAGUCUUCCAGUGUUUUGCCUUCUGUGCUUUAGUUAUAUGCUAUCAGACAGUUUGUUUACAUUCCCAAAAAGUGGUUUUAGUUGCGGGAAAACACUGGCUUAAUCUGCUUGCUACUACCACACUAUAUUUAAUAUUUUAAAUAUAUUCUUGCAACCAUUUCUUAAUAUGUAAAGUAUAAGGGACACUACUCAUUUAAUAUGCAUACAGUAUUCAUUGUCAAGCUUUAUUAUGGAUUUAAUACCCUAUUUAAACACCCUGACCAACAUGCUUUUACCCGUUUCAUGUCAACAGUCUGUGGGGCACAUGCUGUUGUUUGUCAUGCCUCUGUAUGAGAAGUUUAUGUACUGAGAAAUAUCUUCUUAUAAAAAGGCAAUGUAGAAAAAUUUUAAAAGCCUAGUUUCCAUGCUGUUUCCAUUUAGUUGGUGUGCUUAAACAUGUUCUUAGUAUAAAUGGAAUUUACACAGUUCUAUGAAAUACAAUAAAAUUAAUUUCUUUAAAAAAAAUAAAUUCAGACUGUUUAAUCUCUUUGAGAAACCCUUUAAAAGAAGAAAACCAAGACUUUAAAAUAAAUGUUCUCUUUGCAUUAGCAACGUUAUCAGUCUGAUAGCAACCCAACCAUGUUACCGAAAGCACAGGAAUACAUCAAGUAACAGAAGGAAAUAGUUCAAAUUAAGCAACUUUUAAUCAAUAGUGAUGCAUUUGAAAAACCAACAUUCCUGAAUUCAAACAACAACAAAAAAAGAUCUCCAUCACAAGAAUAUAGGAUUAGUGAUAAUCUUCCUAAUGCAUACAUGCUUUAAUUAAAUGGAUUCUUAAGCGUUUGUUAUCACUCUUUUAAAACUCAUUCAGCAUUAAAGCAUUUAGCAAUAUGUGAUUUAUAAAUAAAAUCAAAACAUGAAUGAUAUGGCAAAUAAGAUGGAUAUUUAAAUACUGCAUCCUAUUGCUAUUACCUUUUAGAAAGUACACCACACCUAGCUCUAUAUUAGCGUGCUUGCAAAUACACUGUAGGCCUAUGUAUUGUAGACCACAUACUGCUGUGCUAAUGCUUUUGUAUUCCCUACCCUUUUCAUAUCUUUCUUGUUGGUUUAACCCCUUUAGAUCUGCAUUCACCCAACGCCAUGUGUUGUGCCACAGCCACAGGCACAGGCGUAUAAAAAGGGUGAUCACGGGUUUUAAUGUUAGAAUUAAUGUCUGUGUUUGUGUGCGGUGCUCUAAAAUAGUGAGAAAUUAUUGUUGGUGCUCAGGGGAGUUUUAGGAAGUCAUGUUUAAUUGCAAGCGGCGACUCGUCCUGAAACCACGGUAUUAAAAGUGUUUUGUAUUGUUUUGUUGUUUAACUGUUGUUUUGACCCUUUUACUUGUUUAUUUGUUUUGUUUAUUGUUUUAUUAUUGAAAGUGCGCAAUAGCGCUUAAACUCGCAGCAUCUAUCUCUGGAUCUACUUCCUGACAUUCACCAGCCUGGCUGUGACGCUAUCCUUUUCACACUUGGUGUCAGAGCAGGAUAGCGCCCUGUUAACAGGUCAGCACCAUGGCCCAGGUGUUACCGGUAGAGAGUGACUCAGACACAGAAUUACUUAGGAAGAAAUCUACAUGGAAACACACACAACCUGAAAUUACUACCAAAAUAGAGUGAGACACAGGUGAGACUUAUUUUGUCCUUCUCCAUGGAAAUUUCCCCACUGUUAAGAUUAGUGCUGACAGAACCUGUGUGAUAAAAUUUAUGAAAAUGUGAAAGAAAAGGUUUGUUCUUCUGUUUUUAUUAAUUUCAUUUUUCGAUGCUUAUUUUUAGCU